GUCAAUUUGUAAAAGGUUUAAAUUCGUAGUCACGCACGACGCGCUUAUGCAAGCGAGGUGCGGAGUAGUUCUGCUUGUCUUACAAAUUGCUAUAGGUCACAACGUAUUUUACUUGCAGUGAAUCAGCAAACUUUGUGCUAAAGCGUCCACGCUACUCUGCACGAGCGGUCGUUUAGAUGGAGAUCUCAUUGUCGCACAGAUACACAGCAGAUGAGGCGCAGUACAUGUCCAUUUCUCGCGUCGAUGUACUCCUCAUCUCCGGUACUUUGCUCGGCCGUACUUCUUACAUCGUGGCAGAUUCUCCGUGGCCCAAUCACAUGGACGAUUCUGGACUGGUUUCGUCAACCAUGUCGCCACCAUUGGGCGCUACCAGGCAUGGGCGAACUUUGGUUUGCGUCUGUUUGGGGGCGCAAUUCAGGCAAAUUGCUGGCCAACGUCGCAGCAGGGCCCGGACCGGUGCUGAUGGAGGGCGAGGAAUGGCGCAACGAGCUGGUGCUUUGGAGCUGACGGAGGGGUUUUCGCUUAUUUGGUGCCUGUGCCUGCUUCUGCAAUUAUCAGCUGAAAGUCGCUGCCAUCUCAUUCUCUCCAUUGUCUUUCUUUUUUCGAGAUUCAUCGAGCAGUUCCAUGUCGUUGCUGACAGACACUCUGAGCGACUGCCUGACUCGACUCCGCCUCGGUGAGCACGGAAGAGGAAGGACUCACGCCAACAACACGAUCGGCCAACGGCAAAAGGGGAGCGAGACUGACGCUGUGGAUACGAAGACAGCAGAGGAGGAUCGUGUGCCGUCUGGGGAAGUGGGCCGGAGGAGGAGAC